GUCUUGAAAUGCAAAAAAGGGUGAAAGAUUUUAUUAAUGGAAAGGCUAAAGAAGGAUUAAAUAAUAUGUUGAUCCAGUUUCGUCAAAUUAAUAAAUCUACAGAACUUGAAGAGACUCAAAAAAUGCAUGAUAAUGUUUGCAUGAAAAUCGAAGUGCUCCAAAUGCAAUUAAAACUUUUUGAUAUCAAGAAAAAAAAGUGUGGAGAUGAGCCUGAUGAGUUUAUUCUUCACGAUCUUAAAAAUCAUUUAAAAAUUGAGCAGUCUAUUUUUACCGGCGCCAAUCGAGCCAUGGAAGCACUUUCAAGAUCUUCAAAAAAUAAGAAAAGUAUACGCCUUGCCACCGAAAGCGUAAGUAAAUCAUCACAAAAAGUUGCUUUGCUAAAAUCUGCAAUCAAAGAUAUAACUGAUAAAAUAUGCCAAAAUAAAUCAAAAACAAGUUUUUCAGACAACGAAGCACUUUUUGACUCGCUUCCACUAUACCAAAUCAAUUCCAAAGUUUUUCCAGUCACAGGAUCUCUGAGCAUCUGCAUUAACGGAUGUUCGGAUCUCGAUGAAAAUGAAACAAAAAAGUUUAGCAAAAGUUCAAAAAAUGUCGCAAAAGUAUUCGGAAAGCAAUCAAAUAUGAUAUAUAUUUCCAUACUUAUUGACAACAAGGAAAUUGAAAAGACAAAUUGUCGUCUUCCUUCAAAAAUUUGGAUGGACUGUGAAUUUUCGAUAAAAGUUUCUAAAGCUAAGGAGCUGGAAUUCCAAGUAUUUGAUCAAGAAAAAAAUAUGUGUGCUGUUAAAUAUUUAUUGCUUGAAGACUUUAUUGAUGAAAAGAGUCAUUGUCUCGAUUUGACUCUUAUUCCUAAGGGUGUUCUUUCAGUUAAAAUUUGUUUUUCAAAUCCGUUUAUAAAUAAUACUGCAACAUUAAAAAGACAGAAGGACUUAAUUUGUGUGGCCCCACUAAACUUGGAGUUGAUCUUCCGAUUUGGGGUGAAAUGGUUCGCAAAAAAACGAUGUUUGAUGGUUUGGACAAAUAUUUGGUUAUUUGUAGAAUCUACGAAAUAUUCUAAAAUGUCAUCUGAUACAUCUCAGGGACCUUUUAAAAAUAAUAUUGAUGACUAUUCACUUUUAAAAGUACUUGGAAGUGGGAAUUUUGGAGAAGUUAUAUUAUGCAAAGAUAAAGCCGAAUCUUUACUUGCAAUGAAAGUACAGCAAAAGAAAGAGGUUUUAUCUCGUGGAGAAAUCGACACUCUCAGAGUGGAAAUGGAAGUUUUACGUUUUGCGGGAGUGACUAAAAAUCAUUUUUUGGUUAAUUUAAUCUCUUGCUUUACUACGGAUACAUUAUUCUAUACUUCGUGCGUAUUACUUGGACUUAAAUACCUUCAUGAAAUAAAUAUUCUCUACAGAGAUCUGAAACUUGACAAUUUAAUGCUGGCUGCUGACGGUUAUGUUAAAAUCGCUGAUUUUGGAUUGUGCAAGGAGCAAAUGUCAUAUGGAAACUAUACCUCUACUUUUUGUGGGACGCCAGAGUUUAUUGCUCCAGAAAUGCUAAAUUCAGCUCGAUAUUCCCGUUCAAUUGAUUGGUGGCAGCUUGGAGUUCUUGUUUACGAAAUGCUGGCUUUUCAAUUGCUCAUUAAAAACCCUGAAAAACGUCUUGGGAAUUCUGAAAAUGAUGCUAAGGAUGUUAUGCGACAUUCUUUUUUCAUAGUAAAAAGAGCGGCUACAUCUUUGAAAAAUAAAUUAUGGAGUAAUUCUGUAAUUUACUAUGAUUUUGAUUACCGUCUUUUUGAAGCUGAACAAAUAUUGAUUAUUCGAAAUGCAAUGGCUAUCUGGGAGCAAUUCACAUGUCUCCAAUUUAUUCCACGUUCACAAAAUAAUCGUAACUAUGUAUUAUUUACCAAAAAUGAAUGUGGAUGUUGUUCCCAUGUAGGAAAAACGGGAGGAAAGCAAGAUAUAUCAUUAAAUGAAUAUUGUUUGACCUUGGGAUCAGCCCUACAUGAAAUUGGCCACUCAAUUGGUUUCUGGCAUGAACACACUCGUAACGACAGAGACAAAUAUGUCAAAAUAAUAUUUAAAAACAUAAUUGCAGGCAUACUAUUCUGUAAAUAUUUAAAAGGGAAAGAAUAUAAUUUUUACAAAAAGAAUAUAUUCGAGGUAGAUUCAUUGGAUGAAGAAUAUGAUUAUUCAAGUAUAAUGCAUUAUUCCUCCAAUGCAUUUUCAAUAUACAAGGAUCUUGAUACAAUUGUUCCACUUACUGAAGGUUCAAUCGUUGAAAUGAUGGGCCAACGUCAACGUUUGAGUGAAGGAGACAUUAAACAGACCAAUAUUCUUUAUUCUUGUGAAAUUGACGAAUGUGCUUCUGGGACUGAUUUAUGUGAUCAAAUAUGUAGGAACACUGUGACAGGAUAUGAAUGUGAUUGUUAUCCAGGUUAUCAGCUAAUCGAUAAUGGUGUUGAUUGUGAAGGUUUAAUUUUGAUUCAUUUAAAAAAUAGAUUUUGUCGAUAUGAUUACAUAACUAUUCACGCAGGCGAAGGCCAUUCUUAUGGAAAAUUUUGCGGAAAUAAAAUUCCUUCUCCAAUCCUGACAAAUACCAGCAGCAUUUUUAUUUCUUUCAAUUCUGAUUAUGAAAUUUCAGGGAAAGGAUUUGAACUUUCAUUUCAAAUAGAUAUCAAUGAGUGCUCACUAGAGAAUGGAAAUUGUUCACAUCUUUGUAAAAAUCUAUACAGAACUUAUCAAUGCUAUUGUAGAGCAGGCUAUGCUUUAGCAAUUGACAAAAAAAGUUGUUUCGAAGGUGAAAUAACAAAAUUAUUAAAACCGCAGACUCUUGCCGAUACACAAUUAAAAAUAUGA